AAAUUUCCGACAGCCCUCAAAGGCAUCAAAUUGUUCAUGACGACGGAGGAAGUGAACGUCUCAGCUCACAUAUAACUGUGAAAGACGUUUGACAAAACUCAGCGUUACACAACUUACAUCGCAGUGGAAGAGAGACAUCAUCUUUUAAGAUUGUCUUAUGGAUUCUCCUCGGCAGUCCAAGGCUAACCUGAAUCGAGAGCCAAAGCGCAACCAGAAUCAGUCCAGCACUCCUCCUCAGAAAGAUGCCUAUGCCAGGCUUCUCAGCCAGCACCGCAGCAGCAAGUUCAGCUCAUAUUUAGAACAAUAUGCAAAGGACUCAUCACUUCAAAGGGAAGGAAAUGGUCCAAGCCCACUGCUCAAAGCCCAGAGUGACAGGCUGAAUAUACCUCAGAGAAAAAGGGACCAAUUGUUUUAUGAUUUCUCAGAUUCUAGUGACUUCUCCCCAUCCUCUAUGAAAAGCAGAGAGGAGAGCUCACUGUCCUUGUACACGGAGAAACUCAGCAUUCGCAACGCUCAGCAGGACUGCGACAGGAAGCAGGGUGUGUGUGACGGGCAGCGACGAGGACAGAGGAGGGACACCACCACUAGCCACGACGGAGACAUCGAGUCCGGAGAGGAGCUCGGUUCUUUAAAACCUAAUGAGGGGAAGAAGCAGCCGAAGCAGCAAAGGAAAAUUAAGGACUCGAACAAAGAUGGUGCCUCUAAGGAGACUGACUCAUUCAGUGGACGUCCUCAGUCCCCAAAGAAAGCCAGUCCUAGUGGGCAGGAACAAGACAGGAUGAAGAAGUCAAAGAAGAAAAUGUUGCACCAAGAAGAGGAGAAAACCAGAGAAGGGAUGUCAAAGAUGACCAUUGCUGAUGCUCAGAUGUCACGGCCCAGAUCCCCUCACGGUAAAGAGAAAAGACAGCAGCAGUCCCAAACUUCAAGUGCCAAUUCUCCAGCUGACAAGAACAAGAACAAAGGAGGCAGAGGGCAAAAGAAACAAGUGUUUGAACCCUACAUGACCACUGAGGAUGUUUCCCAUGGCCUCAAAAGAGGGGAACUGAUUCAGGGACAGAUAAGAAUCAACCCCAAGAAGUACCAUGAGGCUUUCAUCCCAUCUCCUGAUGACACACGGGAUAUUUUCCUGGAUGGGAUUAUCGCUCGUAACAGGGCUCUGAAUGGAGACGUAGUAGUGGUGCAAAUCCUCCCUCAGGAGCAGUGGAAGGUUGUGAGGUCAGAUACUGACUGUGAGGGCGCCAGUGAGUCAGAGACCCAGAAAGAACAUGUCAUGCAAAGAGCUCAGAAGAAGACGGAACGUGCCCCCAGUCCAGAUGUUAUUGUGGAGGACCAGUGCAGCGACCAGGAAGAACUCAUCAGCAAAGUGAAGAACAUCACUCUCAUGGACACGGAGGGAUCUGUGGAAGAAGCACCAGCUCAUCGGUCCAAUGGGGAAAUUCUCCAAAAGACUGCUAAAGUUGUGUACAUUGUUGAGAAGAAACACUCAAGAGCUGCUACCGGCUUCCUGAAGUUCCUACUAGACAAGCCCUUUGCCAUGUUCUCCCCCGUUGACCACCGGGUUCCGCGGAUUAACGUUCCCCUCCGUGACUGCCCUGAAGACUUCAGAUCCCGCUCGGGCGACUACGCCAACACCUUGUUCAUCUGUCGCAUCACCAACUGGGCAGCCGACAGCAACUUUGCAGAAGGACAACUCGCUAAGACUCUGGGUCAGGCUGGAGAAAUUGAGCCGGAGACUGAGGGCAUCCUGACAGAGUACGACGUUGAUUUUUCUGACUUCUCAAAUGAGGUGUUAGACUGCCUCCCCAAGAACCUGCCCUGGACCAUCCCACCUGAGGAGAUGAGGAAGAGGAGAGACCUGAGGUCGGAGUGUAUCUUCACAAUCGACCCGGCGACUGCCAGAGAUCUGGACGAUGCCCUGUCCUGUAAACAACUCCCAGAUGGAAACUUUGAGGUGGGAGUUCACAUUGCUGACGUGAGUUAUUUUGUGGAGCAGGACAACGCUCUCGAUGCCGUCGCCAGCCAAAGAGCCACUAGUGUGUACAUGGUUCAGAAGGUGAUCCCCAUGCUGCCGAGGCUACUGUGUGAGGAGCUUUGCAGUCUGAACCCUCUAACCGACAGACUCACUUUCUCUGUCAUUUGGAAGAUCACACCUGAGGGAAAGAUCCUGAGCGAGUGGUUCGGCCGUACGGUUAUUCGCUCCUGUGUGAAGCUGAGUUACGAUCAUGCUCAGAGCAUGAUCGAGGCUCCUGAGAAGUUGUUUUCUGCUGAGGAGCUGCCCCCUGUAGACCCUGUUCACCCCAUUGACGAGAUCCACCAGGCUGUGCUCAAUCUGCACUCUAUUGCCAAGAACCUCAGAGGCCAGCGCUUCUCAGGAGGAGCCCUCAGACUGGACCAGAUCAAACUUUCUUUCACCCUGGACAAAGAAACAAUGAUGCCUCAAGGCUGCUAUGUUUACCAGUACAGAGACAGCAACAAGUUAGUGGAGGAGUUCAUGCUACUGGCUAAUAUCGCCACAGCCAGCCACAUCUACCGCAAAUUCCCAGAGUUGGCCCUGCUCAGACGCCACCCCCCACCGAAGACCAAGAUGGUGGAUGAGCUGCAGGAGCUGUGUGAUCAGUUGGGAAUUGACAUUGAUUUGUCCUCUGCAGGAGCGCUACACAAGAGUCUCAAUACCAGUCUGGGUGAUGAUGAGUAUACCAGUGCCAGAAAAGAAGUGCUCACACACAUGUGCUCCAGACCCAUGCAGAUGGCGUUGUACUUCUGUGCCGGUGCUCUGAAGCAGGAACAGUUCUUUAAGCACUACGCCCUCAACGUUCCUCUCUACACACAUUUCACCUCACCCAUCAGACGCUACGCUGACAUCAUAGUGCACCGGCUGCUGGCUUCCUCGCUGAACUGUGGGCCUCGCUUAGGGCUGUCAACAGACGAAGUCCAAAAACGGGCAUCACACUGCAAUGACAAGAAGACCGUGUCCAAGAGGGUCCAGGAGCUCAGCUCUGAGCUCUUCUUUGGAGUGUUUGUGAAGGAGUGUGGCCCUCUGGACUCUGAGGCCAUGGUGAUGGGUGUGCUGGAUCAGUCCUUUGAUGUGCUGGUUCUUCGAUACGGCGUUCAGAAGCGAAUCUACUGCAAGUCCAUUGCGGGUCUGGACACGUUCCACCAUCGUAAGGUGGGGAAGAAGUCAGAGCUGACUCUGCUCUGGACACCAGAGGACCUGGAGAGGACUCCUGUAGAGCAGGUGAUUUCAAUCUUCACAUUGGUGGAGGUGCAGCUCAAAGCAGACGGAGCACCGAUGAAGUACAGCGCGUUGCUCAAGAGGCCCGAGGACGGCAUGUCAUAAACACUCUGAGCACACAGAUACUUGAAUGGAAGUUUGGAUUUGCACAUUUUCUUUUGUUGAUUAGUAGAAGUGACAUGUAGUGUAGAGCCGCAAAUACUGUGGCGAGCAUAAAAAUCACUCAUCAGAUCAGAGUCAGAAUUCAAUGGAAACUCUAAUUCUGAGUAUCGAAAGUCUUAAAGGUUUAGGUUUUCAUGUUUUUCACCCACUUUAUACAAAUGUCCCUCACAUAUAUACAUCACAGCUGUCAAUUUUGUUGCAUUCAUUUCUGAUAUUCAGCUAAAGUUAUAGACUUGCAUUAUGCCCCCAUCACUGGUAGAAGAUGUGCUGAAGUCAACAACAAAAUAGUUGGGGUUGUACAAUAUGAAGCAAGUUGUUUAAAAUGUGUAAAAAGAACUCUAGAAUGGAUUUCAAAUUGAGUUUUGUCUCUGCUCUGAUGGUGAAAGAAUCGAUGAAGCGAUGAGCUUUACUUUGCUGUUGAUUUAUUGACCUAAUGAGGUCAGUUCUGAUGUGAUGAUAUAAGUUGUCGUACACAGUCUAAUGUGUGAAAACUGAUUUUAACUAUUUUAAGCUUAAGAGUAUUGAUUAGCUUCCCGGUAUGAGACCCGUGCUGGUGUUCUGUAAAGCAAUAGAGCUUACCACACUACUGAAUUUCCUUCAUUUGGCCUCAUCUUGUAACUUUACUUGAACUCGCCGUGGCCUCUCUGAAGCUACAUGGGUCAGAUGGCACAAAUGUAGCAUUAUAAAAGAUGAAAACAUUCACUACUUCAGUGUCAGAACAUUAACAUUCAGGCUACCACAUGUAAUCUCUGACUUUUUAUGUUGUUGGUGUGUGUGUUUACAUUGUUUUAUACAGGGAGGGUUUUCUUUAGAUUCCUCUGACGCAUCGCUCAUGAACAGGCUGAUAAAUCACUUCCACAGCUAACAGCAUUUACUUUGAUUUAAACUCUUAAAAGGACAAACAUAUUUUCUUUAUUUAGUGUCCAAGUCAUGCCAAAGCUUUUUAAUUUAUCAACUCGUUGUUGUUUUUAUCUAAAACCUGGGAGGGAGUCGAACGUGAACUGCUGCUGAAAACAACUGGUGGCCUUUAGAUGUAAAAUGUUUGCUUUCUUGCUUCUGAGAGCUUCCAGCUGCUGUUGUUUUCUUUUUUUUUUAAUUUUCAGAAUUGAUUUGUGCAGCACAGAAUGCUUUAUGGACCUCAAUGUUAUCAAAUGUGAAUUUCAGUCUCAUCUUAUUGAUAGCUUCAUUAAAUUGGGACUAAAUUUCAGAGCGCAUUUUAAACUGGAUUCGGGACCCAACCGUUGCUUUACCUGAGUCAGUGUGCCUCUCUUUACUUUUCUGAUCGACCAGUGCCAUGUAGUCGUACAAAUUAGCUGCUACCUCUGUGUAAUUUUUUUUUGGGGUUUUUAGGGUUGUGUUUGUUGUGUUUUUGUAACCCCACCAGCUAAUUUUUUAACAGCAUAGUUUGUAUUACAUGGACUGGCAGUGUAUGACGUGAUCGUUAAAUGUAUUUUUAGCCGGUGCUAGUGUUGUACUAGCGCUUGUCAGCAUGUCUGUGAUUAAUGUUGAAAACAUGCAGACUUGGUUAACUUAAAGGAAAAUUUAAAUUGAGUCAUAACUAGGAUUCUGGUCAGUAACUCGGUGCAUUUACUGUAUGUUCUUAUUGUACUUCAUACAAAGCAGUGAACAGUUGUCUUUGUCUCUUAGAAAAUACAUACAUGGAAUCCAAA